AUAUCCACCCUAAUGGGAAGCACACACGGUAGAACAAUUUGUUCUACUGUGUCUAUCCGGCGGUAGACCACUAGCCCGAAUGCUACCGGCCCAGGUAGUCGGCACAAAGCCCGCAAAGUUUAAUUCGUGUGUGCGAAAGCUUUAUAAACCCUCGCCGCAAGUCGUCCAGCGAUCUUAUUGCAAGCCGAGAGUUCACUCGGAACGGGUGCUUGCUGGAAGUAAUAUUUCGUGAUCGUGUCUCGUCCCGGCACGGAAGUAUUCAUUGUUCUAUCUAUUUGUUGGAAUAAGCGGGAAAAUAACUACGGGUCGAAACAUUUUUUUUUGUGUUACUCAUAAAACUUGACGUUUUAUUAAUUGUUUGUUUUUUUCGCCAAUCAUCUUAUUUUAUUGUGCGGUUUGGAAGAUUUUAGUGGCACUUUGUGUUGUGGUUUUAGAAAUGAAAAGAUCUCUGAUUAGUGAAUUCUGAACAGAGAACCUGACUGCCUCGAAUGGCUGAAAUGACAAAUGGAGAUUUGAUAUGAGUUUCCGUUCAGAAGUGAGUGUUUGCGGCGGACGUGUUGAGAUCAAACCAAAAUCUCUAUAUUCCCACAUUACGGAUAGUGAAAACACCGACUAGAACACCUGCAGGAACUCCCCAGGCACUACGAAUCAUUACCAAAUUACCCGAUCUCAUUAUAUGUGAAUCCAACCUGUGAUUAGUGUGUGUUACGUGCAUAGUCAUCAUCAGCAUUACCCUGCAUCAUUAGCAGAUCGAAUUAGAUCGGCAAAAUUGCCCCACACAAUGUCCGGAGUGCUGAACCAAACCUUUGUCGGCGAUGACGCCUCAGAAACGAACAACAAAUCGGUAUCCUCGGUGGAAGCACCCAGCAGCGAUAGCGGUUCUUCCGGUGAGCGCGAAAAAUGGAACAACGGGGUGGAAUUCCUUCUCUCCUGCAUAGCGAUGUCGGUAGGACUUGGCAACGUGUGGAAAUUUCCUUCGACCGCCUUCAAGAACGGGGGUGGCGCCUUUGUGAUACCCUACCUGAUAGUGCUGCUGAUCGUGGGAAGGCCGGUGUAUUACCUGGAAAUGGUAAUGGGACAGUUCUCCAGCCGGGGGAGCGUGAAAGUGUACGAUGUCUCGCCGAUAAUGAGAGGAAUCGGCAUCGGCCAAAUGAUCGCAAUGUCCAUCGUGAUCUCGUACUACGCCGCCACGAUCGCCGUCGCAAUUCGAUUCUUUUUCGCCUCGUUUAGCAGCGAACUUCCGUGGGCCACCUGCGAUCCCGCUUGGACGGAUGUAAACUGCAUCAACUCGUCUAGCCUGACAGGCAAAUCCAGCUUCAACUCGACACUGCCCGUGGAAACAUCGGCCGAACUGUACUACUCCCGUUCGGUGACGGGCGAGGCGUUUCUCGUCGGGGAUGAAAUUGGAGUGCCCGAUUGGAAGUUGGGUCUGUGUUUGUUAUUCAUUUGGACCUGUAUGACAUUCAUGCUGAUAAAGGGCAUCAAGGGUUCGGGAAAGAUAUCGUACUUCCUCGCGCUCUUUCCGUACGUGGUGAUGAUUUUCUUCGCCAUCUACUGCUUCACCUUGGAAGGAGCGAUGGAUGGUGUGUUGUACUUUAUCAAACCCGAGUGGGAUCAGCUACUGAAUCCGACCGUGUGGAAAGAAGCCGUAUCCCAGUGCUUCUUUUCGCUAUCAAUUUGCUUUGGCGGGGUAAUCGCCUACUCAUCGUUCAACAGCUUCUCCAACAACAUCUACCGGGACGCGAUGAUUAUCUCCUGGCUGGACACCUUCACCUCACUGCUCUCCGGAGCGAUUGUGUUCGCCAUUAUCGGUCACCUGGGAUUCAUAACGAACGAGACAGACUAUACCAAAGUAGUGCAUCCGGGGAGCGGUUUGACAUUCAUCACAUAUCCGGAUGCGUUGGCGAAAUUUGAACACGUUCCCAAUUUAUUCUCGCUGUUGUUCUUCUUCAUGCUGUUCGUGCUGGGAAUUGGCAGCAACACGGGUAUUAUAACUAGCGUCAUCACGGCCAUUCGGGAUCAGUUCCCUGGGUGGAAAAAUUGGCACAUUGUACUAGUGAUAAGUGUGCUCGGAUUCUCGUCGGGAUUGCUGUUCAUCACACCGGCAAGCUCACGGCUCAUCGAAUAUGUGGACUUCUACGGGGUAACAUUCGUCACCCUUACGCUGGCCGUGGCCGAGUUGAUCUGCUUCUGUUGGAUCUACGGAGUGGAGCGAAUCUGCCGUGAUAUCGAAUUUAUGCUCGGCGUCAAGACCAGCAUUCUGUGGCGAUGGUGCUGGAAGUAUGUUACCCCAACUGUGAUCGCGGUGAUUCUGGUGGUGACCUUCAUAACCGGCGACAAGCCGAAAGGAUUUUCCUUCGGCUAUCAUGUUCUAGGAUGGACGAUCUACGCCAUUUCGAUCACACCGCUGAUAUUGUGGGCCAUUUGGAACGUUGCUUCCCAACCGGAGAGUGGCUUGUGGAGGAAGAUUGUGUCCGCGAGUAGACCGCUGGCCGACUGGGGUCCGGAAAAUAUUUCGUUGAAGAAAAAAUACGACGAUUUCAUUGACGAUCAUCAGCGAACCGGAACGCGCAACGCCUUCCAGCGGAUCUUUUUCACCCAGGAAAAAAGCUACUCUGUGAACAUCUAGCGGAACAAAGAUUCAAUUGAAGGAGCAAAUGUUGAUAUUAUUUUAUAACUAGCAGUUUUGUGUGAUUCGACGCGUGUUUUACAUUUAUACGCUCUAUUUCAGUGCCAGACAAUUAUCGCGAGUCAGUCACUGAGGUAGCUCAGCCAGAUUGAACUCUGGAAUGCUAAUUGCGGGCUUGUGAAAGGUUCAUCGUCUAUUGUGCAACGAAAUCUGUCGAACACUGCCGUUGCAUUCCGGAGAACUGUGAAAAGCGAUUCAGUGAUGUUUCCUCCGUCUGCCGGCAACCGCAAUUCGACCAGAUAACAAUAGCUGAGGUCAUACAGUAGCAGCAUCAUCAUCAUCAGCCGGCACGAGGCAUGCAAACAAGAGACGUUCCGCUCACAAGCCCAAAUUAGUGUGUGCAAGUUAUUUCCCUCGCUGGAUUGUUUUAGAUUCAAUCAGAUUCGCGGAUAAGAUAGGUAAACGUAAGACAUACUUUUAAAUAAACUUGACCUGAACCAGA